GUUGUUCUUGAGGGGCGUGGCCUUGUGUCACCAGAAACUUCGCUCAAUUCGAACAGUGCACUACAGUGACAGUGUCCACCUGUGUCAGCGGCUGGUCCAAACCUCCAACAGUGAUGGUUCAUCCCCAACUCAGUGACAGCUGCUAAAAUGAGUGGCAUCGCCAACCCACUGGAGACAUGGGUGGACGCAACCUGCCAUGUCCUGGGCGUCAAGUCAGACAAGUCCUCAGAAGGAGCUCCGAUGAAGAUCAUCAAGGUCUGUUUCUGUAGCAACAGCAGCAGUAACCUGGGCAAGAAUUUCAAACUGGUGAAAUGUGACCACACAACGGAGAUCAGGGAGGUCAUUAACACUGUAUUGGACAGUGGCAGAGUGGGACCCUGCAUUGUCUUUCAGAGCUGCUAUGGACUCCGGCUGAAGCACUUGAAAUCUGAUGAGGUCUACUGGCUGCACCCUGACCUCACCGUCGAGGAGGUGCAGACCAAGUAUGAGAGCCUGCAUCCCGAAGCUGAAUGGAGGUAUGACCUGCGGAUUCGAUUCCUACCCAAAGACUUCAUGGAGAGUUUUAAGCAAGACAGAACGACACUGCUGUGUUACUAUCAGCAGGUCCGCAGCGACUACAUGCAGGAAGUCUCAGGGCGGGUGGACCAGGACACCGCCUUGAAGCUCGGCUGCCUGGAGAUAAGACGGUUUUAUAAGGACCUGCCCCCCAAGGCUCUGGAGAAAAAGUCCAACUUUGAGCUGCUGGAGAAGGAUGUCGGUCUCGAUCUGUUCUUUCCCAAGCAGUUACAAGACAGCAUGAAGGUAAAGCACCUUCGUAAGCUCAUCCAGCAAACCUUCCAGCAAUUCGCACACCUGAAGGAAGAUGAAUGCAUUCAACAGUUCUUCCAGAUUCUCCACACCGUCACCGACUUUGAACAGGAGCAUUUCACGUGUGAGCUGGGUCAAGGCUGGACGAUAGCGGUGGACCUGGUGAUUGGACGGCAGGGCAUCGGGCAGGUGGUUAACAAGGACGGGCCCAUCAGUUUGGCCGAGUUCUUGCAGAUUCUCUCCAUCAAAUCAGUUCAUUCAGAGAACAGCCCAAAAGCUUUGCUUCAACUGGCGAUCAGCGGGGCUUCCCAGCCCCUGACCAUAACAACCGCUUCACUGGCGAUGGCAGAGAACAUGGCCAAUCUAAUUGAUGGGUACUGUCAGCUGGAGAAAGGAACCACCAACUCCCUCAUCACCAGGCCCAAGAGAGAUCUGGUUACGAAAGAGAAGCUUCCCGAUCUUCCCGACAGGCCCAGGCCGGAAGUGAAAGUAGCUGAGGAACGGAAAUCUAUAUUGUCACGGAACAGCAUGGGGUCUGACAUCUACGCUGAAAUCCCUGACUCACCGCGGUCAACGGCUCCUCAGAACAGUAUCUCUCGAGACUCGGUGGUUCUGGGCAGGAUUCUGGGAGAAGGAUACUUUGGUCAAGUUUACGAAGGAGUUUACAAAACAGUCAGAGGCGAGCAGCUGGCAGUAGCAGUGAAGACCUGUAAAAGUGACUGCACGUACGAGAUCAAGGAGAAGUUCCUUGUGGAAGGCCUGAUCAUGCAGCCUCUGGACCAUCCUAAUCUUGUCAAACUCAUCGGGAUGAUCGAAGAGGAGCCAGCCUGGCUAAUCAUGGAAUUGUGUCCUUAUGGAGAGCUUGAGGGAUACCUGACCACAAACAAAGCCUCACUGGAUGUGGUCACCCUGGUGGAUUACUCCUGGCAGAUAUCCAAGGCCCUUGCCUACCUGGAGGGAGUGAAAGUUGUCCAUCGUGAUAUUGCCGUGCGAAAUGUUAUGGUGACCUCGCCGACCUUGCUGAAGCUGGGGGAUUUUGGUCUCUCGCGUUACAUUGAAGAGGACAAUUACUACAAAGCGUCGGUGACCAGGAUGCCAAUUAAAUGGAUGGCUCCGGAGUCCAUUAACUUCAGGCGAUUUACCUCUGCCAGUGACGUCUGGAUGUUUGGGGUGUGUAUGUGGGAGAUCCUCAGCUUCGGGAAGCAACCCUUCUUCUGGUUGGAAAACCGGGAUGUCAUCGGCGUAUUGGAGAGAGGUGACCGUCUGCCGAAGCCAGAGUUGUGCCCCCCAACCCUGUACACCCUGAUGGCCCGCUGCUGGGCCUACGAACCACGGGAAAGACCCAAGUUCACCGAGAUCGUCUGCUCCUUGAGUGAUGUCCGCCAGAUGGAGUUGGUGCAGCGGGAGGAACGCAAGUACUGGACUGAGCGGCGGAUGACCACGCGGAUCACCGACAGCACGCUGGCCGUCAACGAGCCCCCGCCCAAGCCAUCAAGAACAAGAGUAUUUGCAAAGAAUCCACCUGGAAUGGCAUUUCUGAAUCCGGGGCUUCAGUUCCAAGAAGCGGAUUUCAUCGGAGAGAUUAACAACAAGGAAGAUACGCAGAGACUGUGGGAGUUGGAACAAGCCAAACUGCAGGAGAGGAUCAAACAGCAGCAACGGGAAAUGGCGGAGGACAGGAAGUGGCUGGAGAAGGAGGAGAAACUACUGGCUCCGAAUGACAGCCAGUCACAAAAUGAGAGUGACCAGGAGACAUGUUACACAGAGUUCACAGUGGCCCCAGAGAAACCCCCAAGGAAGAACCCUCCGCCAAUCCAGGCCGCUCCAACAGCCAACCUGGACCGGACUGAUGACAAGGUCUACCCGUUGGUGAUGGAACUGGUGAAGGCCGUGCUGCAUCUGAAGAACCAGGUUUACCAGCUGCCAACUGAUGAGUACGUCCACCUGGUGAAGACAGUGGGGAUGAAACUUCGCCAACUGACCAGCAGUGUGGACGAGCUCCUGCCAAAACUGCCCGCCUCAUCCCGGACAGAGAUCGAGGGCACGCAGAAGCUGCUGAACAAGGACCUCGCCGAGCUGAUCAACAAGAUGAAACUGGCUCAGCAGAAUGCCGUCACCUCACUGAGGGACGAGUGCAAAAAGCAGAUGCUGACAGCAGCCCACACGCUGGCUGUGGACUCCAAGAACCUGUUGGAUGCUGUGGACCAGGCCCGUGUGCGGAUUGGAGAGGCCAAACCCAUCGCUAACUGAGGAGGCAGCAGGAGGGGCCAGUGGGUGUGGGGGAGACCAGCCUGGUCUUGGUCUGGACACAGAACUGGCUGCCUGUGUUUGGAGGGAGAAGGCUUCUUCUCGUCUAUCUGAUCCCGUUUAGUAUUUAACUCAUGUGGCGCUGUGCCUGGUGAUACCUGCGCUUUCUCAGACCUUUCCUCGCGCAAUGUUAUCUGGAAUCUUAAGCCACAUUAGGAAAUUGUUAAACAGGACGUGCUUGAUGAACUGGAGGUACCAGGCACCGUCCGGCAAAGCUGCAGCUGAACUUUCACAGAAUGUGGAGAAUCUGGUAAAUUGUUCAGUUGGUGGAGGAGGCAACGGUUUUGUUGUUCUGAUAUCGAAUGGCUUACUGUUCAUUCCUCUGUCCUGUGCACAAAUAGAUUGGAGGGAAAAUACUCUAGUCAUGCUGUGUGAUCAGUUCAUGAGCCUUCCCUUUUUCCCAUGAUCCACUAUCCUCCCCUUUCAGAUUCCUCCUCCACCCACCCACCUUCCCCUCACCUGUCAGCUUGUACUCCCCCUCCUCCCUCCACCCACCUUCCCCUCACCUGGUCUCACCUGUCAGCUUGUAUUCAUUCACAUUUCCCCACCUUCCUAUUCUGGCUUCUUCCCCCUCCCCUCCCAAUCCCGAAGAAGGGUCUUGGCCCAAAAGGCCAGCUGUUUAUUCUUCUCCACAGAUGCUGCCUGACCUGCUGAGUUCCUUGUGUAGAUUUCCAGCAUCUGCAGAAUCUUUCCUUUUCCUAUUAAGGUAGGCUCAGGCAAGAAUGUGAAGACAGCAGAAGAGGUGGGUCUCUCAGUUGCCUGGUCCUGCCAAUCAAUGACGGUGAAUUAUUUUAAUGGAUCAGCCAAUCAGAAAUGUGGUCAUUCAAAUGCAGGAAAAUGGAACUGUCUCAGGUGGUCAGCCUGGAUGACUUGGGCUGAAGGGCCUGUUUCUCUGCUGUGUAACUACAUGAGGUAGAAUCAUUCACUGUAGAAUGAGGCCAUGGUAGCAUAGCAGUCAGUGAGAUGCAGCUACAGCUCGGGGUGUUGGAGUUUAGAAUUCAGUCCCAGCGUCCUCUGUAGGACAUUUGUACGUUCUCCCGUAACCACAUGGGUUUUCCCCAGCUGUUCUGCAUUCCUCCCACAGUACAAAGAUGCACCUGUUCGUAGGUUAAUCAGUCAUUGUGAGUUGUCCUGUGAUUAGGCUGGAGUAAAUCAGGCUUGGCGGGAGCUGUUGGGUGACACGGUUCGAUCAGCCAGAAGGAGCUAUUCCACGUUGCAUCCCUAAAUAAAUAAAUUUGGCCACCCACCCAUGUUAAUCACUCCUCGGGUCCCGAUUCAGAUACAGUUUGACACUGGGCACCUGCCCAUGUUAAUCUCUCCUUGGGUCCUGAUUCAGAUACAGCACUUCCGGCCUCUAGAACCUCACUGCCAGCAACCCCUAAUUUAAUCCUAGUCUAAUGAGGGAACUAUUUACAACGACCAAUUCACCUACCUGGUCUGUCUGGGAGAAAAGCAGAGUACCCGGUGGGAGCCCACAUAUUCCAUUGAGAGGGCGAACGGAGAUUCCUUACAGAGGACACUGGAAUUGAAAGCAGAACCACAAACUCUGAUGUCCAGAUCUGCGAUGAUGUCACAUUAACCACUAUGCUACUGUAACCCCCAGGCUCGUCCAGCUCGUGUUCGUUGAGGGAGAGCAGCCUUUGGCCCCGCUAAACUGGGUAAUCAUGUUUGCGUGGAUGCUGUGUAAUGUACUCUCCGUUACAAAUCCACAGCGCAAAAUAUCAGACAGUACACUAUAUGCAAUUAAAUGAUUGAACUUAAUGAAUCUUAAUCCGAAUAUAGGGUUAAUAAUGAAAAUUUAAAAAGGGCCAAAUUCAAGGAAAGUCAAAAUUCACGUUGGAGCUCACUCAGUAGUCAUUCGUCCACCAUCGAUCUCCUCCGAGCGUCGUGACCUUCGGACCUCCGUCCGGUGGUCUACCAGCUCUCUCCACACGCAUCCUCCCUCUUCCUCUCUCCUCGACAAAAGACUGUGGAAACAACAUCUUUCCAGAUACACAAAACAAAGCAACAAUCUCUGAUUGGCUAACAUGCAUAACUAUAGUCCUGUUAUCUCCAGCCAUAACCCAAACAUGGCUGCUGCAGAGAAACCGUUACCUCAGUAGUGAACAUUACAGAGAAGCCAUUACAUUAGCCUUAGCAGUGAAACGUUAUAAAGAAGCCAUUACACUACCAUGGUGCAUGCAGAUUGAAACAUGCAGUGAAUUGCAUCCUUAGUACCAACAGCCUGGGGAUGGGCUGAGGGCUGAGGGCAGCCUGCAGGUGCUGUCACACAUUGCAGCACCAACAUAACAUUCCCAAAGCGUCCAACAGGACUACACCAGUAACAGGAACAGCACAACAAGCCCCUUUCCCACUCACACACACGUAUAGACCGGCCCCAAACACCAGGGCAGGCCGCCUCUGGGCCUCCGGGCCCUAGCCUUGGCUUCACAGUCUUGCAAACAUUGGGCUUCUGACUCCUGGACAAACAGACCCAGGAGCUUCCACACAACCACCUGGCCUAAGCAGGUGAUUCACCUCUGUAUUUAGACACACCUGCACUGCCAUCAGUGACCCAGUUGCCAGCAACCACCACAAGGCAGUUCAUAUUGGAGUAAUUAGGGAGAAUUUCUUUAGCUGGAGGGUGGUGAAUCUGUAGAAUUCAUUGCCACAGGCGGCUGUGGAGCCCAAGUGUAUUUAAAGUGGAGAUUGAUAGGUUUUUGACGAGUCAGGGUGUCAAAGGAUACGGGCAGAAGGCAGGAGAAUGGAAUAAUAAAUCAGCCACGACUGAAUGGGCUAAUUCUUCUAUGUCGGAUGUCCUCACACUCAUGCGCAUACGUUCCCUGCAGCCUGAUUAUCCAUACCCCUCAUAAGACAUAAGACCGUAAGGCAUAGGAGCAGAAUUAGGUGAUUCGGCCCAUUGAGUCUGCUCCGCCAUUCCAUCAUGGCUGAUUUAUUGUUCCUUCUUUAUGUUUGCCCAUUACAAGAUGGAAUUGAACAUAACAGCAGUUGGGGGAGGUUGUGCCAUAUUGCACAGGGAAGUGGUGAGACCACAUCAGCAGCACUGCUCUUCUCAUUGAGGCAAGACCCCUUGCCCAGAGGAGGCUUGACCAGACUGAGAGAUUGUCUUCCAAGGGAAGGGUGGGCUGUCUGGGCUUGUACCCAUGGAGUUCCAAGGGCGAGAGAGGACAGGAUUACAGCGUAUCAUACCCUCAUCUCCUCACCUACCUUUGUUCCCCCUCUUACCUUCCCUUUCUCCCAUGUCCCACUCUCCUCUCGUAUCAGAUUCCUUACUCAGACCAGUACCUUUUUGCCUAUUUACAAGGGUGUUGCCAGGAUUUGAGGACCUGAGCAACAGGGAAAGUUUGAAGAGAUUGGGGUUUUAUUCCCUGGUGUGUCGGAGAGUGAGGGAGAUUUGAUUCGGGUAUAAGAAUUAUGAGGGGUAUAGAUAGGGAAAAUGUAAGCAGGGAUUUUUCAUUCAGGUACAACAAGAGGUUAUGGGUUGAGGGUGAAAGGUGAAAGGAGAGGGAAUUUCUUCAUGCAGAAGGUGGUGCGAGUGUCCAACACAAGUGGUGGAAGUGGGUGAAACAACAAAAUGAAGACAGAUAUGGAUGGGAGGGUAUCAGAGAGAUGUGGUCUGGGAACAGGCAGAGUAAUAGGUUGUAACAUAUUAGAUGGGCUAAGGAGACUGCCACUGUGUUCAAAGGGUCUAGGACUCUAGCAGGGGUGUGAUGCUGGGGCUAUAUAAGAUGUACUGGUAUUGGAGUGGGUCCAGAGGAGGUUCACAAGGAUGAUUCCGGGAAUGAAAGGGUUAUCAUACGAGGAACAUUUGAUGGCUCUGGGUCUGUACUCACUGGAAUUCAGAAGGAUGAGGUGGGGAUCACAUUGAAAACUUUCCAAUGUUGAAAGGCCAAGAUAGAGUAGAUGUGGAAAGGAUGUUUCCCAGAGUGGGAGAGUCAAAAUAAAAGGGCACAGCUCAGGAUAGAGGGGAAUCCAUACAAGACAAAGAUAUGGAGAAGUCUUUUUAGCCAAAGGCUGGUGAAUUUCUGGAAUUUGUUGCCACGAGUGGCUGUGGAGGCCAGGUUGAUAAAUGUAUUUAAGGCAGAGAUUGAUAUAUUCUUGAUUGGACAUGGCAUCAAAGGUUACGGGGAGAAGGCUGUGAAAAUGGGGUUAAGGAGGAGAAAACAAAGGAUUAGCCAUGAUUGAAUGGCAGAGCAGACUCAAUGGGCCAAAUGACCUAAUUCUGCACCCAUGUCUUAUGGUUUGAUGGACUUUUCAAAUGAGAGGCUGUCGAAUAAUCCGUGAUGCAUCGAAGAAUCAAUAUACCAGGGGAAAACACAGUAUGACCGUGUAAUACAUCAAAUCAUAUGGAAAAAACACAAUGUGACCAUGUAAUAUAUUGAUAUGUCAGGGGAAAAACACAAUGUGACUGUGUAAUAGGUCGAUAUACCAGGAGAAAAACAUACUGUGACCAGGUAAUACAUCAAUAUUAUACGGUAUACUGGCCUUCAUCAAUCGUGGAAUUGAAUUUAGGAGCCGAGAGGUAAUGUUGCAGCUAUAUAGGACCCUGGUCAGACCCCAGUUGGAGUACUGUGCUCAGUUCUGGUCGCCUCACUACAGGAAGGAUGUGGAAGCCAUAGAAAGGGUGCAGAGGAGAUUUACAAGGAUGUUGCCUGGAUUGGGGAGCAUACCUUAUGAGAAUAGGUUGUGUGAACUUGCCCUUUUCUCCUUGGAGCAACGGAGGGUGAGAGAUGACCUGAUAGAGGUGUAUAAGAUGAUGAGAGGCAUUGAUCGUGUGGAUAGUCAGAGGCUUUUUCCCAGGGCUGAAAUGUUUGCCACAAGAGGACACAGGUUUAAGGUGCUGGGGAGUAGGUACAGAGGAGACGUCAGGGGUAAGUUUUUUUAUGCAGAGAGUGGUGAGUGCGUGGAAUGGGUUGCCAGCAACGGUGGUGGAGGUGGAUACGAUAGGGUCUUCUAAGAGACUUUUGGAUAGGUAAAUGGAGCUUAGAAAAAUAGAGGGCUAUGGCGAAGCCUAGUUAUUUCUGAGGUAAGGACAUGUUUGGCACAACUUUGUGGGCCGAAGGGCCUGUAUUGUGCUGUAGGUUUUCUAUGUUUCUAUGUUGAGAAAAACACAAUGUGACUGUGAAAUCCAUCGAUACCCCAGGGGAAGAACACAAUGUGACCGUGUAA